AUGGCGAGAGGCGGCGGCUGGCGGGGAAGUGUGAGGGUCGGGGAUCGUCCGAGCCCGACGGCGUCGUUUUGGACUUCAUGUUCAACGUCGUCAGGUCGGGAUUUGCUGGGCUCGAUGGAUCGGAAGUGCCCUGCAUGUGCAUAUGAACUAUAUCAAGUAAAGAGAGGAGUUGGGUCGCUGAGAGCCAUCAGAAUCGCUGAUCUCCGAUUCGCCUUCGUUACCCGCCAUACAAACCUCCAAUCGCGACUCUUACCCGGUCACGACCUUCUCAGCCGCCGCCGUCAAAAGGGUGGUGGGGGUGGGUGGUCUACGAAUUGA